AUGAUAUUUGAUCUCUAACCACCAUCUCCUUCCUUGUCCCCAAAUUCUAAGACCAGAUUUUAUUAGGAUUAAUUAGACAAAGCACAUUAAGUUAUAGAUCAAUUAGAGCUUUUAUUAUCAGAGAAAGAGCAUUAAAAAAAGAUUCAUCAAACGACUUAUAAUAAUAUUGUCAUUCCUCCUCUUUAAUUGAAAUAAAUUGAUUCGGAAAGGUCAAAAAGUUAUAUGUCUAUUCCCUUAUAAUAUUCUACACCUAGAGAUAGGAGAACAAGACUUUCUUUGGGAGGCUUAGAUUCGGCAAGAUAUAUUGAAGAAAUGAAAAAUAGGCAUUCAGAAAUUAUUUUGUAAUCUAAGGAAGACAAUAUUUACAGAGAGUAAAAAAAUAAAGAACUCAAUGAUCAAAUUUAAGAAUUAAAAUCAGAAUUGAUUUUUUGCUAGGAAAAGCAAUCUAUUACUAAAAAAGAAAAAUAAUCAACUGAAUAAAAACUUGAUAUUUUGAAUGCCCAAAUAUAAGCUAUUUAAAUGCAAUUAACAAUCUCGAAAGAAAAAGGAAAACAUCUAUAAAAAAAGAUUAAGUAAAUUAAUCAUAAUAAUGAAAUUUUGGAAGAAAAUGAAGAAGACAAGUAAGAGUAAUCAGAAAAUCAAAAAUAAUUGUAAAAAUAAGUAUAACCAGUUUCUUUAAUCAUAUAAUAAAAUAAUAAUAGCCAUAAGAAAUUAAUAGGAUCUUUGUAAUAAGAAAUUUAACUAUUGGAAAAUAAAAAAUAAAAAUACUUUAACCAGGUAACUAAUUCCUAAUUUGAAGAAAAGUAGAUCGAGGUUAAAGAAGAUCACUUUAAUGAUCGAUAAAACUUAGAUGUAAAUAAUUUAAGUUAUUUUAGAUUGAAGUUUCUUAAAAUCAAAAUAUUCUGAUAACUUCAGAUUCUGGUGCUUAACUUAAUACUUUUACAGAAGAAAAUAUCAGUUCAAUUAAUUCUUUUAGAGCUAGAGGACAUCGAAAAAAUAGAAGUUGUGAAUCCUGCUAAAUCUUCUGA